AAGAUUUAUCGACAAGUGCUUGGUGGUGCGAUGGGAUCAUCAUUUACAUUAACAUUAGCCAAUAUAUUUAUGUGGAAAUGGCAAAAAGAACUUGUUCGUCGACAAGAUAUGACAGGUGAAUUUUAUGGCCGAUGA